UAUCUUUCUCAACGCGUUGCGCAAAUUAUCGAUGAAGAAUUAAUGUCACAGGCUGGGGGGUUUUCGAUAGAUCAACUUAUGGAACUGGCGGGACUUAGUGUCGCACAAGCGAUCUCCAAGGUUUAUUCAAAAGAAUCAUAUUCACGUAUUUUAAUUUGUUGUGGACCUGGAAAUAAUGGAGGUGAUGGCCUUGUAGCAGCACGACAUUUAUCCCAUUUUGGAUAUAGACCGAAUAUUUUCUAUCCAAAACAAAGUAAAAAGGACUUGUAUCAGCGUUUAGUGGUUCAAUGCAAUAAUCUCAAAAUACCUUUCGUAAAUGAAUUAAAUAAGCAAAUAUUGAAUAACGCGGACUUGGUUCUUGAUGCUAUAUUCGGGUUCGGUUUUUCUGGUGAAAUACGUUCCCCAUUUGGAGUAGUAAUUCAAUUACUUAAGGAAAUUAGCGUGCCAAUCGCGUCAGUGGAUAUUCCUUCCGCCUGGGAUGUAGAGAAAGGAAAUAUUGAUGAUCGCAGUUUUACUCCAGCCAUGUUAAUCUCUUUAACUGCGCCAAAACUGGGUACUCGGCAAUUCAGAGGAAUACAUUACCUGGGAGGACGAUUUGUCACACCGUGA